GCUAGCAAACGACUAACGGGCCAAAGUGAGACGCAUCAGUUUUACAAUCCAUUGAGGUGAGCUGGGACGAGAAUAUACAAGACUACAAUAUGGCGUUGCUAUAUCUGACGCUGCUUGGAAUGGUGUUUAUUUCCACCGAAGCAGCUUUCGUAGAGAUACAUCCUUCGAGAAUGAGGAGAGCUGUUUCUGUAGAUACGGAACGGCUGGAUGCUAUUGAAGAAAAACUGGACACGUUGAUCAAUGAUGACAGAACAAGCGCAUUGGAACAGACUGUAGAAGUCGUAUCGCGCCAGAUAAUGAUGCAGCAGUUGUAUGUUGAAGAACGCAUCCGUGGUGAAGGGCAGUCCGGUGUGAGGCAGGUAAGAAAUCGGGAAACAGGUUUCAAAUCUUACCACCAAAGGUCGUUUGGUGGAGGAGGUGUCGCAUCCAUACAUCAACACAAUAAUAACAUUCGUACGUGUGGACUUGGAGAAUUUACAGCAGUUCUCAAUGGCGUUGAAUUCCGUACUCGACACAACGAUUUUAGGCUUAAUAUGCCGAGCGAAACAAGCACAGAAUUCCACAAAAUACAGGAGGUGCCUUUCCCUGAUAUUCCACAAGCUGUCUUAGACCAGCCUAGUGUUGAUGGGCAAAUAUUAGAGAUGCGUGAAUGGUUCAAAGCUUGGAAGGAUCAGGAUCAUAGUGUUAGGGACUAUACGCAGUACUUCAAACCUGUCUUGUGUUAUUUAGAAGGCGCCUGGUUGGACCCAGAGGAGAGUCUAGAGUCAUUCUUUAGCGACAGGCAUUUCUUGGAUGCUUCGAGUUGGUUUGAUCUCCAAGAAAAAAUUAGAUAUACCUCAUACAGUGGAUCGAAGUCAAGACUAGAGAACAUUGCCUUCCUACCCGUCUCAAUUAUGGGUUUCGAUAAUGCAACCCAACCAGAAUUUGCACAAUGGAACUAUCGCAUCCUGUGCCAUCCAAUCAAGAAGGAAAUAAAAUUGGACAGACUUCGACUCAUCGAUGAUUUCAUGUUCAGAUUGGUUCGAAAUUUACCAAUGGAUAAAUAUGAGCAAUCGAGAAACGCAAGGUUUAGACUGAACUCUGAUGAUACUUCUGACUUUAAAAAACAUGCGCGAUCUGGACCAACAUUACUUGAUGAAAUUAUGAAAGAAAUACCAGGUAAAGACAAUUAUGUUGGGUCACUGACAGAUACGACAAUAGACGGUGAAGAAGUACUCGAUAUACAUACAAACGAUCCCUUGAAUGCAGCGUUUUAUCACAGAUUCUAUAGCUCGUCUGUUCCUGAUGCCAUGGGAGUCAAUGUUCUCCGCAGAGCAUUUUCCGAUGACUCUGUGUUUAUGGCAAAGACCUCGCAGAAGAGCGUUAGGGAGAUGGCUUUGGAAAAAUGUAACAAAGAUGAGCCAGACUAUGAUGCGACAAGAUGCAUUCUUAAAUCUCGCUGGAGCUUCGCUGUUCCGCUUGAAAUCAUCUGGUUAACCCCACUUAGUAAGUGGAAUCCAUACAAUAUACCAUACAAAGGAAACGCAUACGACAAUAACCAGCCAGAACAUAAAUUCGUUGAUGCAAAUGGUCGAAAUGGUGGCUUCAUGUCAAAUACUGCUUAUAACGGUACCAAUCAUCAGAUUUUCUACCAAACGCCAAUAGAGUUUUAUACCGGUAAGCCUGCUAAAGGAGGGGACGCUGCUGAUACAGCAAAAGAUGCCGUUGGAGUGCUGGACCAAGAGGGUAACGUACGUAAGGUAGCUGCAUCUGGUACUUACAUAUUAUUACCUGAAAUUCCAGGCGUAGGUAGCCUGAGGCAACGUUAUCCGAUAAUGCCAGUACACGAAGAGGGUUCAACUAAUUAUCAGGAAAUGGAAGCACUCCGAGAUUUGGUACAAGAGAGCACAACCCAUUCGACCUUGUACAGAGAAAUGUCACAUUUCGCAAACAUUGUACAACCUACACCAGGGCCUUUCCAAGCUAUCACUCUUGAAACUGGAGUAUCCACCUUAAGUCCACAUACCCACUUGGUUGAGCUGACAGCGGAUGACGUAGAGGUCGCCCAAAAUGGAGGAAUCGUAGAUGUCACUUCUGAGACAAAGAACAGUCAUUCACAUGCCUUGAAGAUAGCAUUUUCGACUGGUGAAUACUUCAUCUGGAGUUGUGAUGGAAAGGUUUCAUGUGGAGAUGGUCAUCCUAGAUUCCUUGUUGUCCCAUAAGCAGUCGACUUUAAAGCAAAUUUAAAUUAUGUUAAAGCGAUUUAAGCAUUGGAAUAAAACUGUAUAUUAUUGCAA